AUGGAUCAACAACAACAAUCCAACAAGGCCCAUAGAGGUGCCACUAAGAAGACAGGUGCCAAAAAGAAACUACAUCAAAAUGGUCAUAAUGCAAAAGCAUUUGCUGUAGCAGCACCAAGAAAAUUAGAAAGAAUGGCAAGAAGAUCUCAUGAUGUAAAUGAAAAAAAAUUACAUGUACCUAUGGUAGAUAGAACUCCAGAUGAUGAUCCACCACCAGUUAUAGUAGCAGUUGUUGGACCUCCAGGAACUGGUAAAUCAACUUUGAUAAAAUCACUAAUAAAACGAUUAACUAAAACUACAAUAACUGAAAUUAAAGGUCCCAUAACAGUUGUUAGUGGUAAAAGAAGAAGAUUAACUUUCAUUGAAGUUAAUAAUGAUUUGAAUUCGAUGAUUGAUAUUGCAAAAGUAGCAGAUCUAGUAUUAUUAUUAAUUGAUGGAAAUUAUGGAUUAGAAAUGGAAACUAUGGAAUUUUUAAAUAUUGCUCAACAUCAUGGUAUGCCAAGAGUGCUAGGAGUUGCAACUCAUUUAGAUUUAUUUAAAUCACAAUCAACUUUACGUACAUCGAAAAAGAGAUUAAAACAUAGAUUUUGGACUGAAGUUUAUCAAGGUGCAAAAUUAUUUUAUCUUUCAGGAGUUAUAAAUGGUCGUUAUCCAGAUAGAGAAAUUUUAAAUUUAAGUAGAUUUAUAUCAGUUAUGAAAUUUCGACCUUUAAAAUGGAGAAAUGAACAUCCUUAUUUAUUAGGUGAUCGUAUAACAGAUUUAACACAUCCUCAAUUAAUAACAGAUAAUCCUAAAUGUGAUAGAAAAGUUGCCAUAUAUGGUUAUUUACAUGGUACACCAUUAUCUUAUAAAGAUGCAAAUGUUCAUAUAGCAGGAGUUGGUGAUUUUACAGUAUCAUCAAUAGAAAAAUUACCAGAUCCUUGUCCAACACCAUAUUUUGAACAAAAAAUUGAAGAAUUAGAAAGAGAAAGAAUAAAACAAGCAGCUGAACUGGGAGAACCAUUAGCUAAAACUACAAGAAGAAGGAAAAGAUUAGAAGAUAAACAAAAAAUCAUUUAUGCUCCAAUGUCUGAUGUUGGUGGUGUUUUAGUUGAUAAAGAUGCUGUAUAUAUUGAUAUUGGUGGUAAGGAAAGUUUUAAUAAUUCAGAACAAACUGAUGAACCAAGAGGUGAAGGAGAAACCAUGGUUACUGAUUUACAAGAUGUAUCUAAAACCAUGAGUGAAAGAUUUGAAGAUGGACCUGGAUUACAAUUAUUUUCUGGUUCAAAUGUUAUUAAAAAAGUUAGUGAUGAAGAAGAAGAAGAAGAAGAUGACGAAAAUGGACUUUUAUCCGAUGACGAAGAAACAAUAGUAGAUACAGGUAGAACAUCAAUGAGAAAAGCAAGAGUAUAUGGAAAAUCAAUAUCAGAAGAUGAUGAAUUUGAUGAUAUGGAAUCAGAUGAAGAAGAAGAAGAUUAUGAUAAUUUUGAUGAAAAUGGAGAACCAAAAUUAGUUGAAAUUGAUUUCAAUAAUGAUAAAUAUAAUGAUAAAGAAUUAGAGUAUGUCGAGGAUUCAGCAUUAUCAUCAGAUGAAGAAGAAGAUAAUUCAAUAAGAGCAACAGCUGCAAGAUUAAAAGGAUCAACUAAAAGAAAAUGGGACAUUAAUAAAUUGAUAUAUAUGACAAAUAUAGAUCCAUCAGAUGCGUUAAAAAGAUGGAUGGGAGAAGCUGAUGACGAAGAAGAAGAAGAAGAUAUUGAAAAUGAUGAUGAAGAAUUUUUUAAGAAAAGAGAUGUUAAAGAAAUUAGUGAAGAUUUAGAUAAUUUUAAACCGAAAUAUCCAUCACUUGAUGAAUUGAAAGCUAGGUUUAAUGCUGAAAAUAGUGAUGAUGAAUAUGAAAAUGGUUAUUCUAUUUUAAAGAAAAGAUUAUUGACAGCUCCAAAGUUAGAUGAUGAUGAUGAUGAUGAAACUCCAAAAGGUGAUGGUGAUAACGAUGAAGAAGAACUUUAUGGAGAUUUUGAAGAUUUAGAAGAUGGAGACGAUGCUGCUGCAUCUAAUGGAAGAUCAGAUCAUGAUGAAGAAGAUGAAGAACAAGAUGAUUUUGCAGAUUUUGAAGCAGAAGAACAGAAAGAAGGAGAAAGUGACAACGAAGUAGAAGAUGAUGAAAAUAUGACAGUUGAAGAAAAAAGACAAUUAAAUGCAGCAAAAAAGGCAAAAUUAAAAACUCAAUUUGAAGAAGAAGAAGAUAGGGAAUUUGGAGCUGAUGAUCCAGAAGGAGAUACAGAAGCAGAAACAUGGUAUGAAUUUCAAAAAAACAAAAUGGCAAAACAAUUGGAAAUUAAUAAGGCUCAAUAUGAAGAAAUGGAUCAACAACAACGGUUAAAAAUUGAAGGUUAUAAAGCUGGUUCAUAUGUUAAAAUUGUUUUCAAUAAUUUACCUUGUGAAUUUGUUGAAAAUUUCACACCUGAAUUUCCUUUAGUGCUUGGUGGAUUAUUACCUACUGAAAUGAGGUUUGGUAUAAUGAAUGCAAGAGUUAGAAGACAUAGAUGGCAUAAAAAGAUAUUAAAAUCACAAGACCCUCUAAUUUUGUCUUUAGGGUGGAGAAGAUUCCAAACAUUACCAAUAUAUACUACAUCAGAUUCAAGAACAAGAAAUAGAAUGUUGAAAUAUACUCCAGAACAUGCUUAUUGUUUUGCGUCAUUUUAUGGACCAUUAGUUGCUCCAAACACAACUUUUGUUGGUUUUAAUAUUGUUGAUAAUAAAUCAACUACUGGAGCUUUUAGAGUUGCAGCUACUGGUAUUGUUGAAGAUUUAAAUUCAUCAGUUGAAAUAGUUAAAAAAUUAAAAUUAGUUGGUCAUCCAUACAAGAUCUAUAGAAACACUGCUUUCAUAAAAGAUAUGUUUUCAAAUGCAUUAGAAGUUGCAAAAUUCGAAGGUGCACAAAUUAGAUCAGUAAGUGGUAUAAAAGGUGAGAUUAAAAGAGCUUUAUCAAAACCAGAUGGUUAUUUCAGAGCAACAUUUGAAGAUAAAAUAUUAAUGUCAGAUACAAUUUUCCUUAAAACUUGGUAUCCAAUCAAAAUCAAAAAAUUUUAUAACCCAGUCACUUCAUUAUUAUUAAAUCAUCAUUCAGAAUGGAAAGGUAUGAGAUUAACAGGUCAAGUACGUGCAGAUAAUGAUAUUGCAACUCCAUUACAACAAGAUUCUCAAUAUAAGAAAAUAGAAAGAGUAGAAAGAAGAUUUAAUCCAUUAAGAGUUCCAAAAUCAAUUAAAUCUGAUUUACCUUUUAAAUCUCAAAUUCAUGAAAUGAAACCACAAAAGAAACAAUCUUAUAUGAAUAAAAGAGCAGUUGUAUUAGGUGGUGAAGAAAGAAAAGCAAGAGAAUUAAUUCACAAAAUUAAUACAAUAAGAAAAGAAAAAGAUGUUAAACGUAGAACUAAAAAGGAUGAAAAAUUUAAAGAUAAAUUGAAGAAGAUUGCCAAGACUGAAGAAUUGAGAAAGCAAAAGGAAAAAGAAAGAAAGAAAGAAUAUUUUGCAAGAGAAGGAAAGAAAAGGAAAAAUACAAAUAAUGAUGAUGGUAAUUCUAAACGUAGAAGAUAA